GUGGUCUCGCUCCACGACUCCUGCACUUGACGUGCACUUAACUACCGAACUCACCCAUGUCUGAGGUCUCUGACAUUUGUCAUAAUUAUGGUGACAUUUAAAUAUUUUGGUAAAAACCGUGGUAAAAACAUAAACAAUCAACAUAUUACUAUAAAAUAUUGAAAUAUAUUAAUUAAUGGAAUAUGGAUAUAGAAGACUUAAAUUCUUACCAACAACAGUUGAUUCAAAUAAAUCAAGCCCUCUUGGUAGCUCCAGAAGGACCGGAGAAAAAUGAAUUAUUGAGUUUAAAAGCCAAUAUUGAAGAACUCUUAGAAUUAACAAAUGAUUGUACAGAAUCUAAUAACAGUGAUAAAUUUGAAGAUGAAUUUGCAGCAUUUAUGGCUGAAAUGCAAAAUGAAGGAGCAGUAGAGAGAAAGAAUGAUGAAGUAAAUUUAAAAGAUAUAGAGGGCAAGAAAUGCAAAGCCCCUCAUAAACACCAAUGGGGUAAUGUGGCCUAUCACAAUGCAAUGAUUUGUUCUGUUUUAUCUGAUAAAAACGAGGAACUUAAAGUUAAAGUUCUAUACACGAAUCCAACUCACCAAGAAAUGUUACCUUGUCCAUUUUAUUUUGAAUCAGACUGUAAGUUUUCUGAAGACCAAUGCAAAUUUUCUCAUGGUGAAGUAGUUUUAUAUUCCAGUCUCCAAGAAUAUGUCCAACCAAACUUUGAACUACUCACAAAAGGAAGUUCAGUAUUAGCAAAACAAUCAAAUAACCUCUGGUACAGGGCAAAAAUAAAAAAUAUAUAUGAAGAAAAAUGUCUAGUAAAAUUUGAGUGCGAUUCUAAAGAAUUAGAAGUAAACUUAGAACAUGUUCUGCCAUUAGAAAGUGAUGAUAAUAGUAGUACGGAUGAAGAUAGUGAUAGUGCUGAAGAUGAGGACAUAAUUAACCAAAAAGACAUUAUAAAUCAAAGUCUUAUGAUCACCCCAGAUAGUCAAGCUUUAGGAGAUUGGGAGAAGUAUACAAAGGGCAUGGGUUCCAGGCUUAUGAUAAAAAUGGGGUAUAUUGUUGGAACUGGGUUAGGAAAAAAUGCUGAAGGAAGAGUUAAUCCAGUUAGUGCAGUUGUAUUUCCUGUCGGAAAGUCCCUAGACCACUGUAUGAAACUGAAAGAACAAGCUGGUGGCGACAAAGAUCUAUUUAGCGUUGAAAAGAAGAUGAAACGUCUUCAAAAGAAACAAGAAAUUCAAAGUAAAAAGGCUUAUGAAAGAGAACUGAAAAAACAAGAUGUAUUUACAUUCAUAAACAAAACCUUUCAACAGAAAACAGAGGAUAAAGGUCCAAGACAAGAGAGGGAUAACCUAAAGCAGGAUACUUCAAGAAAUUUAAAUAUAAAAAGUUUGCAGGUAGAAAAAGACAUCAAAGAUGCAGAGAGGGAUUUGCAAAAUAUUCAAAAUUCCUUAGCAAGACAUACAGACGUUACUUCUGAUGUUUAUAAAAAGUUGAAAAAUAGAUUUCUAGAACGACAAGGAGAUAUACAAAAUUUCCAACGUCAAGCGCAAAAUAUAAAAUGUGAACAAAGUUUGAGAGACAACAAGAAAAAAAUGACAGUAUUUUAGUUAUAAAAAUUAUGAAUAUUUAAAUCUUAAAUCAUGUGUAAAAUAUGUUAAAAAAAUAAUAUAGUUUGAGAUAAGUAAUCUAUUAGUUUUGUGAGUCAAAAAACUUUUAUUUUGUAAAGAACAAUCUGAGCAUUUGAGUACAGUAUACCUGUUUUUAAUAAAUUAUAAAUAUACAAUGAUAAAUUUAUUGCUAUCAUACACCUGUUAAAAUCCUUUUUUUGUUCUAACUGGUAAUAGUGAUUCCUUGGCGUAAUUAAAAACUGUAAGCAGCCCAAGCUUCUUGCUUCUUUUUGAAAAGUAAUUCGAUACUACAUCUGCAUCUAAAAAAAAAUUAGAUGUUUAGUUAAUAUUAAUACAGAAAUAAAUAUAGUAC